UCUAAGGAAGCCUCCAGAGCAGCUUUAUUUCACACACCAACAGCUGAUCCAAAUAGUGCAAUUGAAGUCCCAGCUCACAACCAAGUUAUCAUUACCAAAGUUUCUUGAAGUUACUGCUGUACUGGAUUCAAAACAGAAGGAACUUGUCAAAAGCAUUGGGUUCCAUCAUCUACUGGACUUGGCAUGCAAUAGUUUGCCGAAACAAAUCAUCUUUUGGCUUGUCAAUCAUUUUGAUACCCCCACAAGGACAUUUUUCUUUCCUAAUGGUCAUAGUUUUACACUAUCAAGCCAACACAUACAUCAUGUUCUUGGGACCCCAAUUGGUGGCUAACCUCUCCCCAAAAUUUGCAGUGAAGAUGCAAAAAAUCUUGUUCAGCAGGAAACAAAUUGCCAGGGAAACCAUCCAACUAUCAAUGAGCUGAAAGCAUUAAUCACCCCUGAUCUUGCUGGUCAUAAGUUUUUGAGAAUAUUUGCUCUUUUUGCACUAACAUCUCUUCUGUGCCCAACCAGUAGUGAUUGUGCAAGCCCUGAGUUUUAUGAAUCUAUAUAUGAGUCAGAAAAGAUCAUUUCAUAUGAUUGGUCAACUAUCAUCACAGACAAGCUUGUGUCAUCUAUUUCCAAAUUCCAGCAAGCUCGCAAACAGUGCACUACUGCUUCAUUAGGGGGCUGCACAAUCGCAAUACUGAUAAUAUAUCUUGAGCUUCUUGAUACCUCAGAGAUAAGCCUUCCAAAUUAUAUGCCUCAUCUAAGUAUUUGGUCAACAGAAAUCAUUAUGGCAUAUGUUGAGCUUGACAAAAUGAAUAAUGAUGGCACAAAUUUUGGAAGAAUCCCUCUGAGAGAUAUCAGGAGGUCAUGUUUUUGCACUCACUAUCCCAUCUCAGAUGGCAUUUUCAUCGAUACAAAUAGUGACAUGGAACACAAGUUGUCAACAAUUCUUCCAGAGGACUAUUACACUAAGGCAAGGAAACAGUUACACCUAAUGUACAAUGAAUCAUGGAAACAUUACAUCAACUCAAUGAAACCAUUGUUGCUCUCACAGAUAAGCCAAGCUGCAAGAAUUAUCCGCGACACAAACAACAGCUCCGUGUGCAAAUUGAAAAACAUUUCAAAUGACAAGUGUUCCACCCAGGUUCCUGUUUCUUUAUCAGCAAUUGAAACUAGAGCAAUUAGUGCACUUGCAGUGGCAUUUGAUCAGUCAAAUUCAACAUCUGCAACAGCUUUGCAGAGUAAUGAUCCACAUGACAAUGGAAAAACUAAGUUAGUUACACCCGCUGAACCUCUUGAUGCUGCAGUCAAUUAUGAAAUGGCAUGUCACAAUGAGCAUUUGCCUUCAAAAUACAUGCUCCCCCCACUAGAGUUUCAAGUCCCUGAAAUCAUUGAUGCUCAAACUGAAGCUGCAGAAAUUUUUGAGAAUUUCAUUGAUGAAUUGGAGCCAAUACAUUCAGAGGAUGCUGUUGAUAUUUGCUCUAGUCAGACCUCUUUUAUGGCAGAUCUGCAGAAACUAAUUUUUGGCACUCAGCAGUUGGAACUUGCACCACAAUAGGAGUCAGCCAACCUCAGCGAUUUUACCUCUUCAUUAGUAAAAUUAGGCAUGGAGUAUGGUUCAGUUGAUGGACGUUUACCUCCUGUAGAACAGAAAGUGCAGCUUCAAGGUGACAAUGUUUCAUGUCGGUCAUCUUCAAUAAACAGCGCACCAUUGAAGAAAAGACCAUUACCAGCAUCAUUGCUCAGAAUGUCUGGUAGUGGUAGUAUCAAGGAAGAUGAAACAAGUGUGAAAAAAACUAGAUUUCCAUCAUUAAAUGAUUUGCAGCUAGAAAAGAUCAGCAAAUUGCUUGCAGCUCGCAAGAAGAAACUUCAAUUUGCGACACCUCAGCACACCCAAGUCUUGGUUGAUUCUAUGGAUAGCAAAAAAUCAGAUGACCACCACCUAUCAGAAUCAGAUAUUCUCAUCUCUACAGAUUUUGUUCACAAGCAUCCCACAAAUGAAGAUAUCCAAUUGAACAACCUGAAACACAGCACUACGGACACAAGCUUCUCAGCACAUGUUGCUGAUUUAAAUAUAGACACUGAUGGUAUGUGUUCUGAUCUUGAUGACAUGAUCUGCAAUGAGGAAACUAUAAGACAAGUUGAUGACUCAAUUGCAACAUUUAGAAACUCACAACAGACUCCACCCGAAAGCAUGAUACCUAUGAAUCCUCUUGUGUACUGCCAUGUCUUUGUUUCAAUGCCUGUUCAAAGAGCAGUACACAAACAUAUUGUGAGCAACAUACCGCCUCCCUUCCCUGCAAGAAGCCCAAGGAUUGUCAAAAUGGUUUCUGUCAAUUGGGUUGAUCAUCGGACAUUUGGUCUUUCAAUGCAAGUAUAUGGUUCUGUAUCUCAUCAUGUCAUGAACAUCAUGGGUGUUGCUAUCAUGGAAGCGCAGUACACAAAACAUAUUCGCGGACUCUUACACGAUGAUGAAUGCGGCAAGCUCAUCAUCCAUAAUGACUUAGCAGUUAUGCUUCAAGAUACUGAAUCGAUACCUACUGACAUAGCUGUUAGUCUUUUAGAGAAGAAAAUUGGAUUCAGACUAGACAAUGUAGAUUUGGUGAAAAUAAACAUAGUGUUUGUGCCCCUAAGGAAAUACAACUACUGGUAUAUUGUUGUAGCCAAUUUCAGAGAUGGUAGAUUCGAAGUCAUGUGCCCUUUCAAGGACAUAGCAAUAAUACAAUUAGAUGCCUUCAAUGUUAUUUGCAAAUUCAGAAAAGUCUUCAAAGCAGUUCAUUCAAAAUCUACAAGGGUUGACAUAUACGACAUGCCCACUGUUUUUGGAAGUGUCUCCAACCAAACCAACCAGUUGACAAUGACAGAGGGGUUUUUGUUCUACAACUUCUUCUAG